AUGUCUAUUCGUCUAAAUACACGUCGUCUAACUACUAAAACUUCUAAAUCGUCAUCGAUUCAUUUUCACUAUGGUACAAAAGAAGAUGUUGGUUUUAAACGAUUAUUUCAUUUUUUUCAUCAAGCAUUUCCAUUAGCAUUUAAUCGUGAAACAUUUCAACGUGCAUAUGAUGCAUCUGAUAUAUCAAAAACUGUAUAUCGUACAAAAUAUUGUUGUAAAUUAAAAAUUUAUGGUGCUAUUUUAGCAACAUCUAUAUUUGAUUCAAAUCAAAAACGUAAAUUAAAAAUCUUAAUGCUUGUUGAAGAUAAUCAUAGUAUACAUGCAAUUAAUAUUGGUAAACAUCUUUUAUUACAAAUGAUUGAAACAUGUAAACAAUUAGAAAAUAUUAUACAAAUAUAUGCAUAUGUUGAAUCAACAAAUAUUGAUGGAAUUAAUUUUUAUAAAAUGAUGGGAUUUCAACAACGAGAAAUUUUACAAGAUUAUUUUCCACCACGUGCAUCAUUAACAUCGAAUGCUAUUAAACUUGAAUAUAGACUUAGAACAAGUAUAAGUAAUGAUUUAAUUAGUUAUAGUAAAACAAUACAUAGUCCUCAUUCAACAAAAAAUAAUAUUAAAUAUUAA